CUUCCGGGGUCUGUAGCUGGAGCUCCGGAGUAAGAGCAGGAUCAGCUGAACCUCAAAAGAAAUUAAAAAUAUUCUCCUGAAAUUUAUAUUUAACUAAGAGCAAUGUUAAACUGCUGAAAGAGGUGGAGCAGAAGCCAUCCUGAAGAAUCUCCAGAACACACAGAAAUCAUUCAAUACAUCUAACAGACAAAUGAAGCCAAGUCCCGACAUGGAGAAACAUCAGCACUCUGUCAAGAGUUUUACUAAACAGAGUGAUCACAAAAAUCACCAGCGUAUUCACACAGGAGAGAAACCGUAUCACUGCUCAGAAUGUGGGAAGAGUUUUAAACAACAGGGUGAUCUCAAAAUACACCAGCGCAUUCACACAGGAGAGAAACCGUAUUCCUGCUCAGACUGUGGGAAGAGUUUUACUACAAAGAGACAUCUCAAACUGCACCAGCGCAUUCACACAGGAGAGAAACCGUAUUCCUGCUCAGACUGUGGGAAGAGUUUUACUACACAGAGUAAUCUCAAAGGACACCAGCGCAUUCACACAGGAGAGAAACCGUAUCACUGUUCAGACUGUGGGAAGAGUUUUAAUCAACAGAGUGCUUUCAAAAAACACCAGCGCAUUCACACAGGAGAGAAACCGUAUUACUGCUCAGACUGUGGGAAGAGUUUUAAUCAACUGUAUAAUCUCAAAAUACACCAGCGCAUUCACACAGGAGAGAAACCAUAUUACUGCUCAGACUGUGGGAAGAGUUUUACUCAGCAGAGUACUCUCCAACUGCACCUACGCAUUCACACAGGAGAGAAACCGUAUCACUGCACAGACUGUGGAAAGAGAUUUACUAAGCAGAGUACUCUCAAAAUACACCAGCGCAUUCACACAGGAAAGAAAACUAUCCCAAAUCUGUUCCACGGCAAAAAGUGCAAAACGUAAAUCUUUCGGAGAGAACACAUUAUCCUACACAAAUGUUUCACUUUGUCACUUGGGACACGUUCCACCAGAAACAAACAUACUGAAUUUAACAACUGCCAGUAUUUGCUCUAGAUGUUAGAUAAGCAUAACUUAGUCUUUAAAAUUUAGAUGUCAUAGUUGUUAGGAGUAGAUUAGGAUUCUUAGCUUGCAACUAAACGUUUAGGAUCAAACCUUCAGCGCUUUUGCUUAGAAGGUUUUGAAUGCAUUUAUUCUCUUUUCUAGUUCAUGCAGAUUUUAUUAUUUCUAUUAAUUUCUAGUACCUCUGUUUUCACUCUGUGGAAACCAUCCUCAGUUCCCCAAGCUUAGCAUAGCUUAGCUUAAUGCUAUUAACCGCUAGGCCCAUCCAUCCAAAGAAGAAGUGGAAAACAGCACCUGAGGAGAGAGAGUGCUCCCAAAAGUGAGACCCAGAGCCACAGAGAGACGACACUGUCCCGGGUACUGCCGUGUGGACCGGAGGAGCAUCCAGAUCCUGCAGAGAGAUCAACAAACUUUCCAGAGGUUAAAUAAAAUGCUUUUUUUUAUCUCCAAAUUUACUAAGAAUAUCCAAAUCAUGUAGUUUCUUAAUUGUUUUUAUCCUCUACAAACUAUUAUCUUUGUAUUGCUUCACCUGUAUAUAUUUACUCAUCUGUGUGUUUUAAUAAAAGGAUUUUCUAUUGCA